AUGGAUGGCACGAACAAUAGCACUCCCGGGACAACGAGAAGUCGUCAGACUUCGACCGCCUCAGAUGGAGACCGACCUCCCCUCCCUCCCAGACCCAGCGAAUUAAGCCUCAUACAAGCUAUGCCCUCUACAGGUCACUCUUCUCGCCCUCCUACUCGAGGCCUCGUUGGAGGGGCAACAACGGCCAUGUCCAUGACCGAUGUCAACGCUUACAACCGACCUGAUGGCUCCAAAGAGCUGCGCAUCAGUGCUUCCCGUACCCCUUCCAGCCACUCAAUUCGUCCGUCCCCGAGCAACAAAACCAGUGAUGUUGGGGAGGACAGUUCGAGCAUCAGAAGCUAUGCACCAAUCGGCCGGUAUAUCCAAGAUGCGGAAAGCAUAUUCGAGGGAGAUAUGCAAGAGGAGCAAAAUCUUUCUACAUCAGUCAGCAGCUCCCGAGGGUUGUUCGAGACAGAGACGGAUAGCCUAUAUGACGAAGGUGAUGUAGAUUUCGAUAAGGAGUUUGAAGAGGUGGAUGAGAAGAUCGUCGGCGACGAAGUGGCCCAAAAGCUCUGGAUGUCCAAGCGCAAACAUUUCAUCAUCCUAUCUGCAGCCGGCAAGCCUAUUUAUACGAGGCAUGGAUCGGACGCCGUCAUCUCGAGCUAUGUUGGUAUCAUCCAGGCUAUCAUCUCCUCAUAUUCAGAUGCAGGUGACCAGCUGGGAAGUUUCCAGGCAGAUGGCGUCUUGUUUGUUGUCCUCUCACAGACAAACCUGUUUCUCGUGGGGAUCACAAGUCUUCCGGAAAGUGAGGCACAGGUCCGAGUUCAGCUUGAAGCCCUGUAUAUGCAGAUCUUGUCGACCUUGACAUUACCAACUCUAACACACAUCUUUUCGGUUCGCCCGUCGACCGACCUCAGACGACCAUUGCAAGGUACUGAAGUCCUGCUGUCCUCGCUGGCGGACAGCUUCACGCGAGGCUCGCCGUCUGCGCUCUUGUCCGCUCUUGAAUGUUUAAAGAUCAGAAAGUCGCACCGCAACAUCAUCAAUAGCACCAUGAUCAAAGCUCGAGUGGACGACUUGCUCUAUGGGCUUGUGGUUGCUGGAGGUAGACUUGUCAGCGUCAUCCGGCCGAAGAAACACUCUCUGCAUCCCAGUGAUCUGCAAUUGAUUUUCAACAUGCUCUUUGAAGCUGAGGGGGUCAAGGCUGGUGGAGGAGACUCUUGGAUUCCUGUCUGUCUUCCCGGCUUCAACAACACCGGCUAUCUGUACAUGUAUGUUAGCUUUCUUGACAUGGGUGGGGAGCAGGUUCGCGAAAUGGCCCAGAAUGAACAUAUCGCCAAAGAGGACUCGGUGGCUAUCAUCCUCCUGAGCACCAACAAGGAAAGCUUCGAAGACUUGCAAAGCAUGAAAAAUUACAUGGUCCACGAGUUUCACCGAAACAAGAGCAUGCAUAUCAUCCAUGCAGCUGUCCAGGCCGGCCGACCCGAAACCACAGACAUCAUCGCCGGCACCGUCCUGAGACACUUCCUGUACAAAUCAAAAGGCAACGUACAGUUUUUUAUGCCGUCUUUCUCGCCGGGCUUCGAGACAUUGAAACAGCGUCGACGACUGAUGUCGUUAUACCACAAUCUUCAUGCCAGCGUGCAUGCCAAACACGCCGCGGUUAAGGUCCACCAUAGUGUUGGAGCAUCGGCAACAGCGCUGGCUUGGGUCACGCCCAUGUUUGAGCUCUAUUGUGUAGCGGGUCCAACAGCGUCGAGGAAUGCGUUGGCACAGAGUGCGAAUAAGGUGGUGCAAUGGGUGCAGAGGGAGGAGGAGCGCAUUUUUAUUAUUGGUGGUGCGGUAUUUUGA